AAUCUAACUAGAUGCGAAAUGUUAUUGUGAAGAUACCUUGAACAUAUCGAUUCUCGAUAUCUAAUACAAUCGAUAUAUAUCGAAGUAACUGUGAUGACGUUAUCGUUUUUGUAUAGUACCAAUAAGUAGCCCGUGAAUAAUUAUUUGCAAGUUGAUUUCAAUUAAUAUCUGCUUAUUUAUUGAUUACAAAAUUCUUUUGUACAAUGGAUACAAGCGGAGGAUCUAAAGAACAAACAACAAAUAAAAAAUCAAACACACAUAAUUCGAGUGACGCGCAAAUGAGAUGGAGGAAACGUCUGGCGGACCUUCGUCUAAAAAGGAAUAAAGCUAGACAAGAAAAUCACAAAGAAGUUAUUGAAGAAGAUAAAAGAAAUAAGCUUCCAGCUAAUUGGGAAUCUAGAAAAAGACAAGCGGAAUGGAUAUUACAAGAUGAAGCUGCCAGGAAAGCUGCAGAAGAGAAAGGAGAAGAUUACGAAAGAAUUAAAUUACUCAACAUAGAUGCAAGAGAAGCUGAGCGAAUAGCGAAAAAAAAGCAAAAUAAGAAAAAUCCAGAUCCAGGAUUUUCUGAUUAUGAACAAGCAGUUGUACGUCAGUAUAAUAGGUUGGUUAAAAAUAUAAAACCUAAUAUGGAGACGUAUGAAGAACUCAAAGAAAAAUUAGGGCCAGCAUUCUAUGGUGAUAAAAAUACAAUUUUACAUGGACUUCACGAAGAUAAGAAAGAAGCAAUUGAUAGGAUGGUCGAUAAUUUGGAAAAACAGAUUGCAAAACGUGAGAAAUAUAGUCGAAGAAGAAUGCACAACGAUGACGCAGAUAUUGACUAUAUUAAUGAACGUAAUGCUAAAUUUAAUGAAAAAUUAGAAAGAUAUUAUGGCGAAUACACACGAGAAACCAAACUUAAUUUGGAACGUGGAACAGCUAUUUAAUUUCUUUUUUCUGUUAAUGAUAUUAUCGAUAUAAAUAUAUAUGCUUUUCUAUUAAUUCUAUUGAUUGAAUUGUUUGACGUAAAUCUUAUGGUUCGUGCGAACCGGUUGUUAAUGAUCAGCAGACAAAAUUAAUUUACUUUUAUAAUGUUUUAGUAUAAAUUUGUAUAGAAAUUUUAACAAUUAUGUGAUUUUCUUUGUGAGUGUAUUAUUUUGUAGAGUUCUAUAAAUACAUUGUAUCAUUCACAAACAAUUAUGUAAAGUUGAAGUUAUUUAUCA